AUGCUGUUUUACCUAGGUUUUGCAAUCAAGGGAUUAUCAGUUUGGAGUUCAACUUAAGAAAACAUUUCCAUCUCAUUAAAUGUUCAUUUAAUAAUUCAAUUUCAUUUUUCAAAAGAAUAAAGCAUCCAAUAAAGAAGUAUGCCAUACUAUGCAUUUUUCUUAAUUUUCAUCAAUAUGUUUAAUUAUCUCACUCUAACAACAGAUUGCUACUUUAUUUUUUCGCUGGAUAUCAUUUUAGUAGUUUUGGAUGCAAAUCAUCUCUCUUUAAUUUUAGAUAAAAAUUCUAGGAAUUCGUAAUAUCACUAGCCAAAUAGUACACUCAAUACAACAACCAACUAAUUAAAGCUAGGUCAAACAUUCCAAUUUGAUUUACCAUCUGUGAAGAGUCCAAAUGCAGUACGUAAUUAUUAUGAUCGAUUUUCAACCAAGAAGUUAACAUUUAAUACAAAAAUGGAAAUUUUUGAAUGUACUAUAAGUUUAGAAGAUUAUUUAAAGAAAGAGUUUGAAAAUGAUCUUCAGAAAAGAGACUUUAGAAUUCAAGAAGAAUUUCUUUAAUUAUCAUUAUUAUACAAAUAUAACAAUGUUACACAUAAAAUUAAAAUAUCAGACUUUCUUUCUGAUUAUUAUGAGGAAUUAUCAAAUAUUUAUUAUUUUUCAAUUGAAGAUAACGAUAUAUUUGAUUUUAGAGAUACAGUUUUACUAAUUGAGUAGGUAAAGAAUAGUGAAAGCGAAACGCUAAUUUAGUUUUUGUUUUUAGAUGUCCCUUAAAAAUAUUAAAGGAAAUAAAGUAGAGUUAGAAAAUAAUUGUUUUUUGAUAUGUGCAAAUAGAUAUCACAUGAACUUGGAACCAGUCUAAAUUCUCUGAUGACCUUUAGCAAUUUAGCCGUUGAAGAUGAGGGAAUUUCAGAAUAGAUUAAAACAACUUAUAUUUAUCCUAUUCUAAUUAAUAGUGUGCAAUUUAAUCUGAUUAUUAAUAAUGUGAGAGAUUUUACUCAUUUGGGAUUGCAGAUAUUUCAACUUAAAUUAGAAGAGAUGCAGAUUAUCCAAACUGUAGAAUUUAUCAAUGCUUUAUUUGAGGAGCCUCUUCAAAGUAAAGGCAUUGAAUUAUCAGUUUAGUAUCAUUUAAAGAAUCGAUAUUUAAUUACAGAUAAAGAAAGAUUUGAAUAAAUAUAUUUUUAGUUGUUGUAAAAUGCAGUCAAAUUCACUUUAUCUGGAUAAAUUCGAGUUAAUAUAUAUAACAAUGCUGAUAGAUUUAUUUUAUCAAUUGAGGAUACUGGCAUUGGUUUAAGUGAAGAGGAGGAACAAAAUCUCAAUUAUUUGUUGGAUAAAGAUGAGUUUAUUAAAGUUUCUGAUAACUCUGUUGGUUCUGGAAUGGGAUUAGUGAUAUCUAACAUGAUCGUCAAAUAAAUUAAUAGAGGAGUUCCUAUUAAGGUAAAGAGACUGCUAAUAGGAACCUAGUUUUAUUUUGAAUUGCCAAAUGACAUUCAAGAAAGCUACUUUUCUAAUUCAAAGGCAUUAAGAGAAUAUUCAUCAGGAACUCAAUCUAUUAAGUUGCUUUCAUAAAACUCUUACAUUGAGGGACCUUUGGGAUAACAAUCUCACGUUAUUUCAUAAAAUAUAUCUUCACAAACACUAUAGUUCAAGAGAAAGAGAAAAGAAACGAAAUCAUUUUCGGUAGUUCAUCACUUUGAAGAUGAAAUUGAAAGUGAGGUUUUGAGUGAAUCACAUAAAAAUAAGUUCCAAUUUUUACCAUCUCUUUAAACAAAAUAAAAGAAAGAUAUGUUGGAGUAUUGUUUACAAAGUGAAUGUUGCACCAGAGCAUUGAUUGUUGAUGAUGAAUAUUAUAAUAUUAGAUGUCUGAAAUUAAUAAUGCAGAAAUAUGGAGUAAAAUGUGAUCAUGCUUUUAAUGGUUAGGAAUCACUGGCUUAAAUUAGUUAGAAGAAGGAGAAUCCAUGUUAACAUUGCAAUAAUUAGCAUUAUCUACUUAUAUUUUUAGAUAUCAAUAUGCCAAUUAUGGAUGGGUUUCAAACUAUUAAAUUAAUCAAAACAUAAAUAUAAACCGAAGAAAUUAAAAGGGUUUAUUGUAUUGCUACAACUGGGUUAUGUGAUCUUUAAACUAAACAAAAGUGUUACGAAAAUGGAAUGGAUUAUUUUAUGACAAAACCUCUGAACUAAGGUUUGCUUAAAGAAAUUCUUUUAACAUUCUUUCCUACUUUAGAAAUUAAAGUUAAUUGA